AUGCUUCGCCGCACAAUGGAUGUUGACAAAUGGCUUGGGUCGGUCAACCUCUACGAGGCUGCUCAAAUCUGGGCGCGAUUUAACAGCGCAUGCGAGCCGCAUAAAAUGGUCUUGUGGAGCGGCAUUGAGUUUGAGCAAGCGGAGGAUUGGGCCCGCAAACAUGAUCGAAAGACACUGACACAGGCGAUGGGUCCGUUGAUGGACAAGUCGAACCCAAGUUGCCGCCGCAACAUAAAGGACGAUUACCAGUGGUGUCUCUAUGUGCACGCCGCAUCCAUUCUCUUUGCCGUCUUUAUCAGCACGGGCAGCGAAGUGGUUGUGCUGGCGCGCCAUCCACCCCAGCGAUUCAACCCAUACUACGAGUCGUACUAUCAGAACAUCGAAGAGCCAUGGUUCACCGCUUGCUGUGAUCCCGACAAGUUUAAAAUCAUGUUGGCUCACCCGCAAAUCGAGGGCGCCGGAGACUGCCUCUACCAUUACUGGCCCGUUGACAGGGUUGAUGAAUGGAAAAGGAUGUUCCCGCAUCCAAAAGUUCUAACGCCCCGGCCAUGGCCGCAUCAUACCUGGGACUCUGUCAAGACGUCCGAGUGUCAAGAAACGGAUCUCAGGCGUGAAAAGCAUACCAUCAUGGAGAAGCUCUAUUUUUACAAGACCGGGGCUUCAAUAUACUGGGCGGUCACUACGAGUAGGGCGACUGCAACCCUUUGUGCCGAGAAGUGCCGCAGAAAAAUGGACAACCAAAGGCUACCGGUCGAGGCGAAUCCUUUGCGGGUUAAUGCUUCAAAUCAGCCCCAGCAGGCCAAGAGCGACAGCCCGAAGGCACAGAUGAAGUCUGCAACCACGGCACAAACAAAAUCUGCAUCCAUGGUACAGGCAAAAUCUGCAUCUACGGCGCAGGCGAAAUCGGCGUCCAAGGGGCAGGCAAAAUCAGUAUUCGCGGCGCAGGCAAAGUCUGCAUCUGAAGUGAAGCUAAAAUCGACAUCCAAGGUGAAGGCGCAGCCUACACCCAAGACAGAGGCCAAGAUUACAUCCAAGCCAAAGGCAAAAUCUACAUCCACGGCACAGGUACAGCCUACGUUCAAGGCACAAGAAAAGUCUCCAUCCGAGACCCGAGCAAAGCCGACUUCUAAAGCGAAAGCAGCAUCAGCUUCCAAAGCAAAGGCAAAGUCUGUAUCCGAGGCGCAGACAAAGUCUCCAUCCACGGCCUCAACAUUAUCGCCGGCCGCUAAGACAAAAAGUGCCCAGAAAAAAAAGAAAGCUAUAAAGCCCAAUGACCAAAAGGGAGAGCAGCUGGUACAGCCAACUUGA